AUGCCAGUUAACUCUUUAUCAGAAACGACAAAAGGUGUUGCGAGAACUAAAUUGUCACUCUCUCUUAGAAGAAAUAAUGCAACAAAUCCGAUCAACGCAAAUCAGAAACCAGGAGAUUUAAAGGACAGCUCCUGCAAGGGAUCAAAUGACAAUAAAGAGAACAAGCCAGUGAAGAGACCUUUAACAGGCACAUAUCUUAAUACAUUGAAUGCUGCUAAAAAGCUUAAGCCUUUGACAGAAACUUCGAAACCGAAAGAAACUGUUAGUGAGCCACAGCUAGUUGUACUUGAACCAUCAAUAAGUAACAUUGAAAUGUUGAAUGGCCAUCAUCCUUCGGACAACCAGUAUGGAGGGAGUACACAGUGGAAAGCCCCCAUUGCCACACUGUCUAAUCUCGGAAAUACUUGUUUCCUCAAUAGUGUUCUGUAUACCCUACGAUAUGCUCCACAAUUUGUCCACAAUCUCCACCAUCUAGUUUCUGAUCUCACUAGAGUGGAACAGAAGUUAGGCAGCAUUAGGUUAAAAAGCUCAUCGUUGGGUCGAAGCGCUGCUGGCCUUGCAUCUUCUGGCACUAGAUCGUGGAGCAGUAAAGAUUUGUUAUCUCUGGGACAAUCAGACAACAGUGCGGGGAAAAGUAAAAUACAGAUAGCCACAGAAAAGCUUCAUGAAACAUACCUUAGCCUACGGGCAGCGGAAAGCAAGUGUAUAAACAGUGGCGCUGCUGAUUCAAGCCCUGAACCAUAUGCUGCUGAUGCAUUUCUUGCAGCAUUGAGAGAAGUCAACUCUACAUUUGAAGGUAAUUUCUAUAAUAUUAAUGGCCUCGGUCGUCAACCCAGCCUCGACGGUGAUGGCAGUAAGACGUUAGGACAUCUACGCAAAUCAUGGAAAAAACGCAAAGAAACAAAAACCACUGAUAAAAGAAGCUCACCCUCAGAAGAACGACCGCCCUCACCAGACCCUGAGAAGGACGAACGCUCGAGACCUGGCUGGGACUUUGUGGCUGAUGAUUUUGAAGGUACAAUGGUUGUUAGAACAAUGUGUCUGGAAUGUGAGGCGGUGACAGAAAAAGCUCAGGCUGUGUGUGAGCUGUGUGUGCCAGUCGGUGAUGAUGACACCAAUGAAGAACCAUUUAAAGCUGCAUGUCUCUCUAGUGAAUAUUUGAGAGACCAGAAUAAGUAUUGGUGCGAGCGCUGCCUGCGCUACAACGAAGCUAGACGCAGUGUCGCGUAUUCGCGACUGCCACGGCUGUUAGUGUUGCAGCUCAAGCGCUUCAGCGGCGGCAUGGAAAAAAUCACAAGACACGCGCCCACGCCACUGCUCAUGCCAUGCUUCUGUGAGCCGUGUGCCAAACGGCCACCCGAUCAUCCACCCACACACAGAUACAUCCUAUGGGCGGUGAUAAUGCACCUAGGACAGGCGUUGACCGGUGGCCACUAUGUAGCGUACGCGAGAGAUCGUUCCAACGGUGACGGCGAAGUAGCCAGCAAAUGUGAGAGAACCGGCGGUGGUGACGCAGCAUCUAACAACAGCGGGUCGAGCUUCAUGCGAACACUAUUCAAUCGGCCGAGAGCACAACCUUCUGGCUGCGCUGCCAAUGAUUGCUGUGUACCGCGCCCUCGGCUAGACACCUGCUGGCUGGCCUGCGACGACGACCUUGUGAAACCCAUAUCAAACGAAGAGUUCGAGGAUCUACUAUCAGCUGAGCCAAAAAUGCGCUCCGCAGCAACACCAUACUUACUCUUCUAUGUCAAGAGCGAAGUCGGUUAA